GUCUUUGUGCACUCGUUGACUUCGCGAACAGGAAGUGUGUAUUUCACCGUUGUCAUUGUAGCCAAAAGCUAGCUGGUUUAGGUGCUGGUGUGUCUGAUUUUGAUAGCUGUUUGUAAAACACGCCAAUAUGCCUCUGGAAAAUUUGGAAGAAGAAGGGUUACCCAAGAACCCAGAUCUGAGGAUAGCACAGCUUAAGUUUUUAUUGACACAUCGGCAAGAUGCAAAAGUAAAAGCGGAGCUGAUGGAUUCAAUCAAAGAGAACAAUAUGGCUCCAUAUUACGAGACCCUCUGCAAAGACCUGAAAUGGCAGGUGGACGGAGACCUUCUAAGCAGAAUGAAGAAGGCUAACGAGGAGGAACUGAAGCGACUGGAUGAUGUUUUGGAAGAUGCAGAGAAAAAUCUCGGAGAAAGUGAGAUUCGGGAUGCCAUGAUGGCCAGAGCUGAAUACCUGAUACGAAUUGGGAACAAGGAGGAAGCCCUCACAGCUUUCAGGAAGACUUAUGACAAAACUGUAGCCUUGGGACAUCGCCUCGACAUAGUCUUUUACCUGCUUCGGAUUGGCUUGUUUUACAUGGACAAUGACCUCAUCACACGCAACACAGAGAAAGCCAAGAGCCUGAUUGAGGAAGGUGGUGACUGGGACAGGAGGAAUCGUCUGAAGGUGUACCAGGGCCUCUACUGCGUGGCCAUCCGUGACUUCAAGCAGGCCGCGGAGCUCUUCCUGGACACCGUGUCCACCUUCACCUCCUACGAGCUGAUGGACUACAAGACCUUCGUCACGUACACCGUCUAUGUGUGCAUGAUCGCCCUGAAGCGACCGGACCUCAGGGAAAAGGUGAUCAAGGGUGCUGAGAUCCUGGAGGUGCUUCACAGCCUGCCUAAUGUGCGCCAGUACCUCUUCUCUCUCUACGAGUGCAGCUAUUCAGUCUUCUUCCAGUCUCUCGCGCGGGUGGAGCAGGAGAUGAAGAGGGACUGGCUGUUCGCUCCUCACUAUCGCUACUACGUGCGGGAGAUGCGCAUCCUGGCCUACAGCCAGCUGCUGGAGUCCUACCGCUCCCUCACCCUGGGCUACAUGGCCGAGGCCUUCGGAGUCAGCACUGAGUUCAUAGACCAAGAACUUUCCCGAUUCAUUGCAGCCGGCCGACUGCACUGCAAAAUUGACAAGGUCAAUGAGAUUGUGGAGACCAACAGGCCUGACAGCAAGAACUGGCAGUACCAAGAGACCAUCAAGAAGGGGGACCUCCUGCUCAACAGAGUCCAGAAAUUGUCCAGAGUGAUCAAUAUGUAAGAUGGUGUGAUGUCUUUGGUAUUCAAGCAACCUUGGGGGCGGUUGUACUUAAUACUUAUGCCUAAUUAGUCUGAAUAAGUUACUCUUUUUUGUGUAUAUAAUAAAACAAAACCCUUUUCAGA